AUGAGCCUCAACCUCUCGGCCAAGUGGCGCCAGUGGCGCUGGCAGAUGGAAUUCUACCACACGCCCCUCGAGCUGCGCUACUCCUACCGCCUCCUCUCCCGCAUCUCCGACCACCCCCUCCUCCGCCUUCUCCUCCUCUUCCUCCGCCUCCCGCGCUUCUUCCCCUGCCGCCUCCCGCCCCGGCCCCGCGACAUCAUGGCCUACCCCCGCGAGGCCUACAUGAACCAGCACCACCCGGACGUCUACGAGACCCGCCUCAUCCCCGCCUGGCGCUGGCGCGACACCCUCCAGCGCGCCUUCUACCGCCUCUACGAGACCGUCUGCGCCUACGACGAGCCCCUCACGGGGUACGAGGCCGAGUACAUGUGGCGGCGGAGCGCGGGGUCCGCUUGGGCGCCCGGCAUGCUGCGCGACCCCCGCGACGACGGCUGCGACGACCGCGAGCAGCUCGCCGUCAUGGCCUCCCUCGCCGACGCCCUCACCGACGCCUUCAACUGGCGCCUCGAGCUGGGCCUGCGCCCCGACGGCGAGCUCGUCGAGGGCGGGCCGGGCGCCAGGUUCGUCCCCUACGCGCGCCCGGCGUGGACGGCCGCCGCGCCCAGGCUGCAGAGCAGGCUGGUCCUGCACGACUACGGCGACAGCAGCAUCGCGGGGUCGAGCGAGCCGUUUGACAGGAGGAAUAUACAGGCUUCCGCGGCGGCGCUCAGAACGAUAUGA